GUACAGAUUACUCUUCCGCCCACUACUCCCUCCACUAAUCACCUAUAAGACCACUCUGUCCCUGCUUGUUUUCUUCUCUUUCUGCUCUCUUUCUCCCUCCUCUUCAAUCUUCAAUCUUCAAUCUUCAUACUUCUAUUACUCACGUAGUAGCUUCGCCAUAUUCUCAUCUCUACAACAUCUCCAAAUAACGUCACAAACGUCAUCAUGUCUGCUUCCGAAGAGAGAGCUGCUCCCCUCCGCCUGGGUUCCAUCGCCCCCAACUUCAAGGCCGAGACCACCGGCGGCGACAUCGACUUCCACGAGUUCAUCGGCGACAAGUGGGUGAUCUUCUUCUCUCACCCCGAGGACUACACCCCCGUGUGCACCACCGAGCUCGGCGCCUUCGCCAAGCUCGAGCCCGAGUUCACCAAGCGCGGCGCGAAGCUCAUCGGCCUCUCCGCCAACACCAUCGAGUCCCACGGCGGCUGGAUCAAGGAUAUCGAUGAGAUCUCCGGGUCCAAGCUGACUUUCCCUAUCAUUGGCGAUAAGCAGCGCCAGAUUGCUUUCGCGUAUGAUAUGCUCGAUCACCAGGAUGCUACCAAUGUCGAUUCUAAGGGCAUUGCUUUCACGAUCCGCUCGGUCUUCAUCAUUGACCCCAAGAAGACUAUCCGUACUAUCCUUUCUUACCCCGCCUCUACCGGCCGCAACACCGCUGAGGUCCUCCGUAUCCUUGACUCCCUCCAGACCGGUGACAAGAACCGCAUCACCACCCCCAUCAACUGGAUCCCCGGAGACGACGUCAUCGUCCACCCCUCCGUCACCAACGACGAGGCCAAGACCCUCUUCCCCCAGUUCCGCAUCGUGAAGCCAUACCUGCGCUUCACCCCUCUCCCAAAGGAGAAGACCUCUGCCAACAUCUAAGUUAAAAAAGGUGUGGAUGUGGUAGGAGAUGAUGGGACGGGAUGGAUGGAUGGAGUUAAAUUUGUUUGUUUUAGCGGAGAGGGGAGGAUAGGGGUGUGGUAGUCGAAUGAGAUGAGAUACCCCAUG